AUGCUUGCAACAAAUGUGAUCAGGGACUCUGUUGCAGAGGCGCUGGAGAGACGGAUGAUGGGUGCAUCCACCUUCGAAUCUGGUGUUCCCCUGCUUGACAACAUACUGGCGCUACAGUUCCGAUUAUACUACCAUCUGUCUCAAAAUAAUGGAAUUUCGCAGGACGUGGGCCGUGUCUUGAUGGAUCAGUGUAAGAAAAUGGAGGCCACAGCGGACCAAACUGUUACUCUAGCCCAGGAUCCAGCAACUUUGAACCUGGCAACCAAGAUUCUAGUGAAUUGUAAGUGUAUCAUUUUGUUCUAUUUGGCGGAUUAUGACACAUCUAUGAAACUGCUAGAUGAGAACUUCCAAGCAGGUAUGGCUAGAAGUGAAAAGGGAUCCGUUUACCACGAUUUCCACAGUCUGUUGGAUUUGGAAAAUUUAUACUACAAAGCUAAAAUCACGGGGAAUCCACUGAUACACUACCAAAAGCUGUUGCAAGUUAUUGACUACAUUCCGAAAAAAUCGUACGGGUACGUGUAUUACUACUUGCAAUUGAUCGCUUUAGAGUUGAACGCGCCCAGUUUGGAAAAUUUGUUUGAGAAGUUCAAAUCUCGUAACCCGCUCAUUGCAAUGAUGUACGUCGAAGCAUCUAGGGAUAAUGAUACAGACUUGGAUACAGAACAACCCAAAAUGUUACAGUACUGCGAAGAAAUUCUGUCGAGGGCGAAAUUUCCAAGAGCCAACGAAUCAAAUGACACUACAUUGGAUCAGGUCCACAUAGUGUUACAGAAGUUUUUGAUAACACUGAACCAUAAACCACUUCCACAGUGGAAAACAUUCAUCAUCUCGUCGAUGGCGAAGACAUUUCAAAGUAUCACCGUAAGCAAAACGGCUAUGAUAUAUUUCAUGCUAAAUGGCGAGAUAAAGGAGUCCAUUUUGAAUUUUGUCAACCUCGAGAAAUAUACGAAAAGGGACUACGCACUAAACGAAAACCGGUUUGAUGACAUCGUCUCCCUCAUAGAGUCUUACAACUUCAUUUUGAAUAAGACUAAACCAUCGAACUCAAUUAGAAUACUGUUCCAAUUCGAGACUUGCUUGGAGAACUUAUUGAAAUUGCUGCUAUUCCUGUACAAAGAUUUACAGUUCCCCAUUACGAACAAUCCCAAGGAUUGCUUAAAUUACGCAUCCACUGCCAAAAAAAUUGUAAUCCCUAAAAACGUGGCAAUAACGCUGUUCAGCUCAUGGAAAGUCAUAUACGAUAGCCAUUCAACGGAACUGCAAUUUUUACAGUCCGGAGAUCUGGUGUCCUAUAUUUGUAACGCAAUGUCUUUACUCCCCAAAAAGGAAAUGAAUUUAGAGAUCCAGUUCCAGUAUGCAUACACUCUAGCAUGUAUGAGAGAAAUCGAAAGCUGUAUUACAUUUCUACAAGAUCAUAUCCUAAACGAUCACCCAACAUUUUACAGAGCUUGGCAUCUAUUGGCGUUAUGCCAUUCAGUACAGGAGGAUAAGCAAGAUUCAUACAAGAUUGUCUGCUCAGUUAUAGAAUCUAUGGUAACCGAUGCCAAGACUCUAACUGAUGAGGAUAAAUGGCAACUGAUCAGCAUGAAAUGUACACAAUUAUGUCUGAUCGAUGAAAUCUUUGGGACAAGCGACGCGCUUGAAAUGGUUGUCGAUUUGUUUGAACUGUAUCAUGAUUUGUACGACUCUUCUCCAGAGACAACCGCUGACGAUACAUCAUCCACGAGGUGCAAGGAGUACCUGUUACAGAAUAUUUGGCUGAUGGUUGCUGAUUUCUACAUGAGGAAAUACGAGCAAGAAACCAGUCUGUUGGAUCCAGCACGACCUGAAGUUACGGAAGAAAUCACAAGUCUGUUAAAGGAAGCUGAAAACGCCGUCGCGGAGGUGUCCAAAAUCAACUCUCCCAAAAUGAAAAAUAUCAACUGUAACGUGCACCAAAGCAGAUUAUCAAUGUUGGAAAAAGAUUGGCAUAAAGCCCUGGGGGAAGUAGAGAAUGUGUUGUACUAUGACGAUGUUAAUGUGGGAGCUAUCGUAGGAUUUGCAGAACUGAUUGUGCCCGAGUCCGAACAGAAUGUCGAGUUGGAAACCGAAUUAUCAAUGAAGGGACUAUCAGCUAAAACAGACCUUUCAAAAGCCGAAGAGGUCUUUGCCAACGACACCGAUAAAUCUGCUGCGUAUGCAAGGCUGAAGCUGCUCCUGGAGUGUUCCAUUCGGAAAUCAAUCGAUGCGUACUAUUCUGCUGAGAUUUGGUGGUACCUGUCCCUGAUAUAUGAAAGAUACCGCAGCAAGCAGUACAAGGACGCACUCCUAACAUGUAUCAGGAACAAAGAAACGACGCCGAUACGAGAAUUUAAACACUGUAAGUAUUAG